AUGAGGAUUCGCCUACAGACAAGCAGGAGACCUCGAGGUAAGCGACCCCAAAGUAAGUUGAAUAUCGCCUUUUUGUCUUUGCCUGCUCAUCAUGUCCACUUCAGCACCCAGCUAGCUCAACAGCUAGACAGCCUUCCAGUCGCUGCCGCUGCCUCCGUCGCUGACGAAAACGCCUCCGUGGAGAACCAAUGGUGUCAACUGCGAGACACAGUCCGGACAACGGCGCUGACCGUCCUCGGUCGCGCGCGCCAUCAACAGCAGGACUGGUUCGAUGACAACGACGAGGCCAUCAGCAAUCCGUUCGUCGAGAACCGCCUGCACGAAGCCUACGUCACCCAACCCUCCGACGACAACAAAGUAGCCUUCUACCUUAGUCGCCGCCUUAUGCAACAGUGGCUGCAGGAGAUGUGGACGCUUGGACGGCUCGCUAGGCCGAAGGGAUCCAAGGGUACGCGGAGCGCAACGAACAGAAGAAUUUCUUCUCCGAGAUCAAGGCUGUCCACGGUCCGCCAACCAAAGGAACUGCUCUUCUCAGCGCCGACGGAAAUACUCUACUCACCGAGAAGACACAAACAAUGCAGCGAUGGGCCGAGCACUUCAGAGGCGUCCUCAACCGUCCCUCGGCCAUCUCCGACGCGCCACCGCUCAUCUGCCUCAAGUGGAGACCAACGCCAAUCUCGACCUCCCGUCCUCUCUCCACGAAACCAUCAGGGCCGUGAAGCAGCUCUCCAGUGGGGAAGCGCGCGGAUCGGACGCGAUCUCUGUUGA